UGGUGGUUCAUAUUUUCCAUCUCCUUCGCCUACGGAGCUCACAAUGUCUAUCCCUGAAUGUCCUAAGCGUACGGAAAUGCGCAAGUCCUUGCGUAGCCUUGAGAGGCACAUCACAGGGCUUAAACCGGACCAUCAAAUUAGAAUGAUUUCAGCUGAGAUCGAUCAAAUUCGAUUCCUGCCCAUGGUCUUGGAUGAAAAUUCUAAAGAUAGACCUGCUUAUUUUACCUCCUUGGAUGGGUCUUUCCUGCUGACGCCGGACGGCAAAUAUGACCAGGAGUACAGUAUGGAGUAUGAUACCUAUGAUUCGAUUCCAGCAGAAUGCAGAGAUCCAAAGACUUGCGCACGAGCAAUCGAAAUCUACUGGUCUACAUAUAUCUCCCGCUAUUCCUUCAGCAACAAGCCCCCAGGUGGCGAAGUUGUAUGGUCUCCCGUCAGAAUGCAUCGUGUUUAUAAGGAAAGGGACCUUUAUCGAUUCGAGUACCCAGAGUUUGGAAUCAACGAUAUCGAACAGGUCACAGAAGGGCCUUAUGCACAUAUUAAGACUACUUUAUACAACAACCUAAGCGCCAAUGAUGACCACAUUCUUCAAGGUGAACUGCUUCCCAUUUUACGUCUGAUGUUAGCCCAUCUGAGAAGGGCACGGUUCAUCGACCAUAUGGUUGUGCCGGUGAUGGCGUUUUCCUUCAUGGGGCCUCAGCAUGCUCGCGUCAUCGAAGCCUACAUGGAAGGGCAUACAGUCGUGGUGCGACCGACCAGACUGUACGAUCUCCGCACUAAGGAUACGGCCGCCUUCAAGACGUUUGCCCAGUGGUAUUUCGGAAAACCACGCGCCCCAACCGGAUCUUCUCAGUAGGUUGACCGUUACACUGCUAAGCACCUUUUUGUUUUUUAUUUUUUGGGUUUGGUCUACGGCGCGCUGGAGGUGUUAAAAAUUGGAACAGGCAAGAUUGGCGUCUUAUUUACGAUUCUGAUACAAUUGAUUGGAAGGAUACAUGAGCAGGUUUUUGAUUCUCUAAAUUAUGUCGUACAAGUACUUGCCUCAAUGUACAGUGCCUUCAAGAUACUCGAAAACUGCGGUCCAUGGCGUGUUCACAUCGGAACAACGACUAAGCUCAGGAGAG